CGCCAAGCUCAAUCCUCGAGAUCUGACACUCCAUGCAUGACGGGAGCUCUCUCUUCGGCUCAUCAUUCCAUUCAUUAAUGUUAGAACUCCCUGUCUGUCCAUGCCUCUGGAUGUUCUUUCACAUUAGGCAACUCUGUCCCAGUAGACGCCACCAACCUUGAACGACAGUAACCCCCCUCACUUUCUCCUCGAAUCCCUCCUCUUUCCCUUUCCUAGCAAAUCGCGGGCAUGGCAACAGUGGUAGACGUCCACUUCGAGCACUACCGCACACUGAAUGCGCUGGGCGUCCACGAGACCAAACCGCGACUGUCCUGGAGGUACAUCACUGCCCCGCCCGGUUGGAAGCAGCAGGGAUACGAGGUCGAACUCUCGGAAGAACGGGAGGAACACACACUCUCGUCAACUAUCGCACACACAUCGCCUCGCAAUAUCCUCAUCCCCUGGGCAUUCGACACAGGCCUACAGUCCCGACAGCGGAUAUCUAUCCGCGUGAGGGCGUGGGGCGAAGAUGGCGUGUCCACGGACUGGAGCGAGCCAGCUCGUCUCGAAGUCGGCUUGCUCAACCGGGCCGACUGGAUCUGCCAGCGCAUCACUGCGCCUUGGGCCCGCUCCGCAGUGGGUGCGGAGGCCGAGCACCUGUACAGAAAGACGUUUCCGGUGAGCACCCCGGUGGCUAGGGCGCGGCUCUACAUCACAGCCCAGGGGCUGUACGAGGCCGAGGUAAACGGCCGUCGCAUUGGCGACUACUUCCUCGCUCCGGGCUGGACGGCGUACGACGGCAGGCUGCAGUACCAGACCUACGACAUCACCUCCGCUCUCUCGUCCGGCACCAACUGCUUGGGUGUUCGCGUCGCCGAGGGCUGGUUUUGCGGUCGGAUAGGAUUUGAAGGAGGCCAUCGAAACAUCUGGGGUCCGCAUCCGGCUCUGCUGGCGCAGCUCGAGAUCACCUACUCCGACGCGGACGGCCGAACGGAAACAAUAUGCACGGAUGCCUCCUGGAUGGUGACACGGGGGCCUAUUCGGUUGGCCGAGAUCUACGACGGGGAGAAGUACGACGCCACGUUGGAGGUGCCGUCCUGGUCAUCCGCGGGAGCCGACACGACGUCAUCUACUACUAGUACUACUACUUGGGAACCCGCUCAAGUUCUUGCCCCGCUACCUGAGUCUGUCAAACUAACCUCCGGGUUUUCCGAGCCUGUGCGGCGUACCGAGACGGUUCAGCCCGUGAAGAAGAUCACCUCACCUUUGGGCAAAACCCUUGUCGACUUUGGCCAGAACCUGGUGGGUUAUGUCCGGCUCAAGAGGAUCCGCGGGCCGCGCGGUCACAAGAUUACAUUGUCCCACGCCGAGGUUCUGGAGAACGGAGAGUUGGGUACCCGCCCGUUGAGACUUUGUAAGGCAAUAGACGAGUAUGUGCUCAAAGGGGCCGAGGAAGAGCAGUACGAGCCACGAUUUACCUUCCACGGAUUCCGGUAUACGCAAGUGGACGGCUGGCCUGGGGAUGACCUUGAUCUGCUGGCGUCGACCGAGGCCGUGGUAUGCCAUACCGACAUGAAGAGCGCCGGUUCGUUCGAUUGUUCGGAGCCGCUUUUAAACAAGCUGUAUCAGAACGUGCGGUGGAGCAUGAGAGGGAACUUCCUCUCAGUCCCCACCGACUGCCCUCAGCGUGACGAGCGGCUGGGGUGGACCGGGGAUCUCGCCCUCUUUGCGCCCACGGCCGUGCUGGUCUACGACUGCUUCAACAUCCUCAAGAACUGGCUUAUCGAUGUCGACCAUGACCAAGGCGUGCUUGGAGGCGUUCCGCCCAUGGUUAGCCCCAACGCUACCCUCCCAGAUCCCGUAUGGUGUAGGAGGGUCCCAUGCGCCAUUUGGCAUGAUGUGACGAUCCUGGCUCCCUGGAACCUGUACCAAGAGACGGGCGACUUGAGCAUCCUGGCGCAGCAGUACGGCAGCAUGCUGGAGUGGAUGAGAGUGCUGCCGCGGAACAAGACGGGCGCAACACACCUGUGGGAUCCGAGUCCCUUUCAGCUGGGGGACUGGCUCGACCCCGCCGCACCACCAGACCAGCCCUGGAAAUCCGCCACCGACGCCAAGAUGGUGGCCAACAUGUUCCUCAUCCAGAGCCUAGACAUAAUAUCCGAGAUUUCAGCCCUGCUCGGUCGCGCCCCCGAGGCAACCCACUUCCGCACCGAAGCCGCGUCGGCCCGCGCCGAGUUCCACGCCGAAUACGUCACUCCCAACGGCCGCAUCGUCUCCGACACGCAAGCCGCCUACGCGCUGGCCAUCAGCCUCAACAUCCUGCAACAACAACAACACCCUGCACAGUUCGCGCGCGCGGGGGCCCGGCUCGCCGAGCUUGUGCGCAAGAACAACUUCCGCAUCGGCACCGGCUUCGCGGGGACCCCUUUUCUUUGUGAAGCGCUCGCGGCCACGGGCCAUCUGCAGGUUGCGUAUGCCGCGCUGCUGGAGACGGGGUGCCCCUCGUGGCUGUACCCCGUCACGAUGGGCGCCACGACCGUGUGGGAGAGAUGGGACAGCAUGUUACCGGACGGGCGCAUCAACCCGGGCGAGAUGACCUCGUUUAAUCACUAUGCCUUUGGGGCGGUGGCCAAGUUCUUGUAUGAGCGCGUGGCGGGGCUGAAGAGGUUGGAGCCGGGGUGGACGAGGUGUCGGGUUGCGCCCGCGGUUGGCGCUGAGUUUACGCGGGCGGCGGCGACGCAUGUUACGCCACAGGGGACGGUUUCUUGUGAGUGGAAUACGGUUCCUGUGGAUGAGAACGGUGGUGGAGAGGACAAGACGGAAGUGAUGCGGUUGAGGGUGUCGGCGCCGUAUGGAACGACGGUGGAGGUUGUCUUGCCGGUGCUGGGUGAGGGGGAGAGGUGGGAGACGGUGGUUGGACCUGGUACGUGGUCGUUCGAGUCGACCUUUAGGAGAAACUAUGAGUGGCCGGUGCUGCCUCUGAAGCCGAAGUCUUGAGGUAGAACAGGGGGUUCGGACAUCCGGACUAGACCAUUCCCAACCCUUCCUUUGUAGCACGGUAGUCGCAGAUCGAAUGUUGGAUGUAAUAUACAUCUUCACA